AUGACAGCCGGGACAUGAGCCCCCCCGAGCCGGCCAGUCCCACCGUGGGGCUUGAUAAGAAAACACGGAGGAAGUUCUUGGAUUUGGGGGUGACCCUGCGCAGAGCAUCCUCCGGCAAGAGCCGCAAGGAGAAGAGCAGCAACCGCCUGUCCAUGGGCAGCAGGUCGGCAGCAGAGGGUCCUGGCCGCCCCUCGGGGUCACCCUUCCUGCCCUUCUCCUGGUUCUCGGACAGCGCGAGGGGCUCAGCCUCCCCCAGCUCUGCCUCCCCCGCAGGCUCCCCCCGGCACGAGGGGCUCAGCCCAGCCAAAUCUGCCUCCCAGGACUCGACGCUGAGUGAGGACUCCCCACCGUCCAGCAGCCCCCGCCUGCCUGGGCCCCCCACCACCAAGUGCUCAUCCCCCUACCACACCUUGUCACAGUCCUCAGAUGAGUUCCUGGAUGAGCCCCCCGGCGCGGCCGCGGGCUGGACGUGCCAGCAGGUGGGACAGUGGCUGGAGAGCCUCAACCUGGAGCAGUAUGUGGAGGAGUUCUCAGCCCAUGGUGUGGAUGGGCCACGGCUCCUGCACCUUGAUGGUGCCAAGCUCAAG